CUGCGAGAGAGAAGUCAGGAUGGAGGCGAACAGUCCCAGAAAGAUCCAGUUCACUGUCCCACUGCUGGAGCCAUAUCUGGACCCCGAGGCUGCAGAACAGAUACGGAGAAGAAGACCAACACCAGCCACGCUUGUUCUGAGCAGUGACCAGUCAUCUCCAGAGAUAGACGAGGAACGAGUCCUUAACCCUUUACAAAAGUCUUUAUCCAUGUCCCCUCAUCAGAGGAAAAAAAUGUCCCGUACAACACCCACCAUGAAAGAACUCCAGCUAUUAGCAGAACAUCACCUGUGCAAGCAGGGAUCAGAGGAGGAGAAGAUCCCCCAUCAACAGAACAACCUGGACGACAGGCCUGACUUGGGAUGCUGUUGCCAUGGUAACACAGCCUCCACUCAAGCUUCACAGUCGCAUAUACCAUGUAACUGUUUUACCCAGGAUGGACAGCAAGAUAAUAAUUCCCUGGGAAGGAGCCAUGCCAGUCAGGAGGAUUCAUUAGAUAGUCACGUGUCUGAUGGGAAUUUGCAAAUUAGUGAGCCAAAAAAAAAGAACAGCCACAUAUCUUUCAUAGAAGACAAAUAGGUCUGGAAAAGCAAACGGAUUGUUAUUGAGUAUAAAAGGAGCAAGUAGCAGUCCCAGUACAGUAUCGUGGGCUUACAGGAUCCGCAUCUCCCUCCUUAAAAAACAAUUUUUCCUUACCUCUCUGCUACUGAGAAUCUGGAGUCUGCACUGAGUUCUGAGCAAUAAACUGCAGGCUUCUCUGGAAGCAAAGAAGUUUAAAAUAACAUUGCUUUGUGUUUGAUAUCUUGCCUCUGUAUUGUAUGUCUUAUAAGGAAAAUGUGUAUCUAUAUGCAGAAGGCUGCUGAUAUGCCAAUCAUUGUGUUAGCCCUUAUUAGGCCUCAGGAUGAGACGGGAGGACAUAACAUGUGGCUAGAAUAAAAUCAUUUUGUGUUUUUUGGGUUUUACCUAAAUGAAAAACUUGUGUGAACAAAAAAUAAAUGGGCCCAAAGGAACCUGUAGAUUAACAUAUACAGUACCCAGAAAGCUAAAUGUAGAAAUGCUUACACAAAAGUCACCUGCAGUACCUUAAAUAAAUAAAAGAUCACAAAUUGUGCCACAACCCCACCACACUGUUCAACAACUGAAGCAACUGCAUUGGUAACAUGUAUUUGCCAGAUGCAAUGUGUUCUAAUGUCAAAUUCUUAAUAAAAUGGAGGAAGCUGUUUCAA